ACCGUCUGCCUCUGUCUCGCCUGCAUUCUGACAGUGCCACACCCACAAUAUUUUUAAGAAGUAUAUUUAUUUUAGAAUAUUUUCAAGUGAAUACUUUUCCAAAUAAUACUUCAAAUGACCAGCAAGAUCGGCAAGAUUGAUUUUUUUGCAGAAAUUGUGGGAAAUAAAUUUUUUUUACCCCUUUAACCAUAACCCAAAAAUGUGUGCGCAUAACCUACUUUUGAGCUUUGUUUUGGUUUUACGGCAACCAAUAUUUUCAUACUAGAUAUUUAAAAAAAAGACUGGUUUUAUCGCAUAAAAGUAAGAUGUUAAUAAACAAAUUUACCGUCAUUAAAGGACGCAAAGUCCUUUUGGUUCCAUAUAGAGAAGAACAUGUUGUAAAGUACCACAAGUGGAUGAAGUCGGAGGAACUUCAACGUCUUACCGCAUCUGAGCCGCUUACGCUAGAAGAAGAAUACGAGAUGCAGAAAUCGUGGCAAAAGGAUAAUAACAAAUGCACCUUUAUAAUCCUUGAUAAGGAGAGAUACGAAAUGUCCGGAAGCGAAAUCGAUGCCAUGAUUGGCGACACAAAUCUGUUCUUUGCAACACCGGAAGAUCGCCUGUGUGCUGAAGCAGAGAUUAUGAUAGCUGAGUCAUGGGCGCGUGGACGAAGAUGUGGCUGGGAGGGAAUGCUGCUGAUGAUAGUUUACGCUGUAACUUACCUGGAUGUUAAACAGUUUGUAGUUAAGAUUUCAUGCGACAAUUUGCCGAGCAUCAGCUUGUUUCAAAGUAUAGGAUUUAUUGAAAUGAAUCGAAGUACCGUUUUCCAGGAAAUCACAUUCAGUAAACUGGUUGAUGAAUCUUGGAUUGAUUGGAUACGCAACAGCUUGGGAAAGUUUGAUAUUGAGGAUAGCAGUGCAAACUUUCCCUUAGAUUAAUUAUAUCAUUUAGAUUCACCAUGAAUUUAAUGCUUAUUCAUUCAAUAAAUCAUGCGGGGUAAACACAAGCUGACGACGUCGACUAUGUACCUGCUAAUUGGUUUUAUUUUCCAUGUGUAAUUUACAGUUUAAAUAUAAUGUUAUUAAUACA